AUGAGAAAGAACGGCUGCUCAUGCUGCAAAUUGCGCGUCUCAGAGAAGAAAUUGAUCGCAAAAAACGACCAGCCCCAUCCUCCUCUACCUUCGCACCUGUUGCACGGCCACCAUGCCGAUUUUUCCAUUCCUCAGGCUUCGCGCAUCUCAUCCCUCUUCUCAUCCAGGGCACUGCGGCAAGGGCUUGAACUGUCCAUUUUCCCACGCCGGCCAGGCGCUCCGGCGCUGUGGGACGGCGGGCGUGGUCGGGGACGAGGACGAGGCCGGGGCCGAGGCUUUGCUCCGCGAGGCGGCCUCACAGCACUUGGUCGAGGGCGCGCUGGUCCCUUUGGCGCUGGCGGUGAACAAGAACACGGCGCCGCGAUGACGCUCCGGGUCGGACGACGAGGAGGAGGUGAAGAAGAAGAAGACAAGGCCAAGACGCUGCCGGUGUGCUUUCGCUUCCUGCUGGGCUCGUGCUUCGACGAGCACUGCCCCUACCCCCACGUCAACGUCAACCCGCUGGCGGCCGUGUGCGAGGACUUCCUCGCGGGCUACUGCCCGCAGGGCAGCGCCUGCAAGCUGCUCCACACCUACGAGUGCCAGACGUGGGUGCGCACGGGCGAAUGCGACGACACGCAGUGUCGAUUCAAGCACCCGCGCAACGUUCGCGGUCGGCGACGUCUGGCGGAGCCGCCGGUGCCGGUGGCGGGUUCAUCGGCGCUGUCUUCGCUUCCGUCUCUGACGUCGUCGGACGUCAUCGACCAACCUCGAACAGACAAUGGCGAGGAGGAGGAAGAAGAAGAGGACGAAGCAAGCCGCGACGAUGGCCGGGGUCGAUUUCGAGCGCAAGACGACGAAGAGGAGGACGAACACGAAGCUGAAGAUGGUGAAGAUGAUGAGGAGGACGACAACAACUCCAGCGCCAGUUACGACGAUCACGAAGCCCAGACAAAGCGACGCAAGCUAUCAGCGCUGCCCGACGUGCUGAGCGGCUCGAUCGUGCCCAAGUUUGGCUAG